AUGUCUUGGGACGCUUACGUUGAUAUGCUUCAAGGGCAAACCAAUGCUGCUGCUAUUUUCUCAGUAGAAGGAGCCUUAUGCGCUAAAACAGAAAAUUUCCCAGCAACUCCAACGAAUUUAAUCCACUGGUCAAAAAUGCUUAAAGAUCCAUCACUGGCUCGUCAACACGGAAUUCCUUAUGAUAAGCAAAAACUAUUCCCACUAGAAUAUACUACAGAUUACAUUCACGCGAUGCAAGAUGAAUUAAACAUCUACAUGAAAAAGACUGCUAGUGUGGUUGUCGUUGGUCUUUGUGGUGGUGACAAGCCACAGAACGAUGCCAAAAAUCAAGUUCUUAAUGUUGCAAAAAUUUUAACUGAAGCAGGUGUUUAA